UCAAGUUGCUGCAACCUUUUUUAGGUUACACAAGGAAGAAGGGAAGAAAUUAAGCAGAUAUCAAUAUCUCUAAGAUCCAUGGAAACAAUCUCUCAACUCCCUCAUGACAUUAUAGCCAAUAUACUGUCAAGGUUACCAGUCAAAUGUCUCCUUCGAUCCAAGUGUGUAUGCAAGCCAUGGCGAUCUUUGAUCUCUGAUCCUCAGUUUGCCAAACUACACCUUGCAGAGUCACAGAAAGACAGCAAUAUCGACCCCCACCGAAUCCUUCUCUCCACCAAUCCUCUUCUGUCGAUAAAUUUGGAAGCUUAUCAUGGUACUGAAGAUGGCAGCAAUGCGAUAAUAUUGGAGCUUGAUUAUCCGGAAGCAAUAACGAAGGAUGUCGAAUAUGAAAUUGACUUUGCGGGGUCUUGUAAUGGCUUGGUAUGUUUAGUUGUGGACUAUAAGAAUUUCAUUUUAUGGAAUCCAUCUACAAGGGAAUCAAGGCCGCUGCCUGAACCAAAACAUCAUCUUCGUGAUGGUUCCUUAUCUUAUGGUCUUGGCUUUGAUUUCUCAACUGAUGAUUACAAAUUAUUAAGUGUUGCUCGCCGACACUGGUCUCCUGCUAGUGUUUCUGACAAAACUACUGUUGAAGUCUUUUCAAUGAGAACCAAUGUUUGGAGAAGAAUUCCCGAUCUCAAAAUUGACGUGGAAUUAGAUGGAAGUGGGAUUUUCCUGAAAGGAUCACUGCAUUGGCUAAGUAGUCUUACUAAAAUAAUUUCAUUUGAUUUAGCAGAAGAGAAGUUUCAAGAAGUGGUGCCACUACCAGCUCGUAUGCACGAGAAUCAUUAUGUAGCAACUAUGGGGUUGGGGGUUUGGGGAGAUUGCCUGUGCCUUUUCAUUGAAUGCGGUGAAACUCUUUAUGAAGGAUGGUUAAUGAGGGAACAUGGUGUCAAGUCCUCGUGGACUAGAUUAUUCAGCGCCGCAGUUGACCCUUUGCCUGGAUUCAAAUACUGGCAGAUUGGAUUAUGCUACACAAAAACUGGUAAGCUUGUAAUCGAUUAUGAUGGAUGGAGAUUAGUCCUGUACGAUCCACAAGAGCAAAGGCUUGAAGAUUUAGCAAUUCGCAAUAAUUGGGAUUGGUUUCACUCCAUUAUAUAUUUUGAAAGUCUAGUUUCACCCAAUCUCGAUGAUGUCUCCAACAGAGAAAAUCAUGUACAAGAUUGAAGAAUCAUGAGGAAAUCUGACGGAGCAAAGAAAAGUUGCAGAGGAUUGCCAUAUGAUGGGACUAUUGCUAAGAAUAUGUAGCAGCAAAAAUCAUAACACAUUCUUUCUAUAUAUAUAAACGUUUGACAAGACCACUAUAUAUGGUACAAAUUGCCCUGAAUUCUCUAUUAGUUUAGCCAUAUCAACACUUGGAAAGUAUCAAACCUAUAAACUAUUAAGUUGACUAGUUUUGUACUUGGUCUGGUCUUAUAUAUCAAUUAUCAAGUUAUAAAUGUUAUCUAGUCUUGUAUUAGGUUAUGGUAGUCUUAUGUAAUUUCAACUAUAGUUACUAAUAUCAUACCAUAUAUGAUAUGUGUCGUGAUGUUAAUAAAAAAAAUUAUA